UUGAGUAUAUUUGGUUAAAAGAUUGAAAAAUACGACACAGGAGAGAUGAAGAGGGUGUGUGUAACAGGAGCAGGAGGUUAUAUUGGUUCAUGGGUUGUGAGUCUUUUUCUUUCAAAAGGAUAUAUGGUCCAUGGAACUGUUAGAGACCCAUGUGAUGAGACAAAGAAUGGUCAUUUGAAGAAGUUGGAGAAUGCUGAAGAGAGGUUGCAUCUUUUCAAGGCAGAUUUGUUGGACUUUGAAAGCCUUUGUGCCGCCUUUGCGGGUUGCUCCGGGGUUCUUCAUGUUGCCUCUCCCGUUCCUCUUCAUGUUGCCUCUACUGUUCCUGGUUCACAUACACCUAAUCCCCAGGUGGAACUGCUGGAUCCUGCUAUGUUAGGAACACAAAACGUAUUAAACGCGUCUUUGAAGGCCAAAGUCGAAAAGGUUGUGGUUGUCUCUUCCGGUGCUGCAGUUAUGGUGAAUCCAGAGCUGCCCUCAGACAUGGAACUGGAUGAAAGCUUCUGGACAGAUAUAGAAUACGCCAAUUCAACCCAGAAUUGGUAUGCUGUAUCCAAGACAAUAGCAGAAAUGGAAGCUUUAAAUUUUGCAAAACGACAUGAUGUGAAAGUGGUAACAAUUUGUCCAUCCAUAGUCAUCGGCCCAAUGUUGCAGUCCAUCAUUAAUGCUACUAGCUUACUACUUUUGAGCUACAUGAAAGAAGAAGGUAGAUCGGGAGGGGACUCGAUGGAGGACAUUAAACGUCCUUAUGUAGAUGUUCGUGACUUGUGCGAUGCGAUUUUACUUUUGUAUGAAAAUCCUGAAUCCAAUGGAAGAUAUAUUUGUUCUGCAUACUCACUUACGACAAAGGAAUUUGUUGCAAAAAUGGAGAGCUUGUCCCCAGGCUACAAUUAUCCCAAAAUCUUUACAGGGCAGAGUGCUUAUCCUCCACUCAACUCAGAGAAGUUGUUGAAACUUGGAUGGAAUUACAGGCCAUUGGAAGAGACAAUAGUUGACAACAUCAAGAAUUAUGAAGAAACUGGUUUAUUGGAGAAAGGGAAGCCAUUUCCAUCUACCAUAACAUUCUAAUAUCAUUUUGUUUGAUAAAAGAACGAAGACGAUCAGUCCCUCACAUGAAGUUGAGUGUUUGUAUAUGUUUUUUUUUAGUUUCGAUUCUUCGGAAUUAUGUGACAAUUUGAUUGUUGUGGCUUUUUCUUUGAAAUACUUCAUUAUUAUACUUGAA